AUGGCAACGGCUGAGCUGUGCGCUGAUGUCGUGUGCGAGUUCACCCUGGUGGUUCGCCGCGCCAGGACCAUGACUCACACCGGAAGUGACGGCAUGGUCAACGGGGUAGAAAUCCUGAGGAAUGGAAGUGUCCAAGUGAAGGUUCACGUGGGGUGGGCGGUAGACACGGACGGACCCAUAGUUCCUGUGGAAGAGACCAUCACAGCUGAUGGAGUGCAGCGAAACGUAAUUCUCGUGAACGACCAGUUCCCCGGCCCCACACUGGAGGUCAUGGAAGGAGCGCAGGUUGUUCUAAAGGUCAUUAAUCACUUCUACAAGGAAGUGACGUCACUCCAUGUGCACGGACUGCACAUGCGCGGUGUGAGUCACAUGGUGCCUUACGUCACACAGUACCCCAUCCUACCCGGGAAGAGCUUCACUUAUAGAUUUAAGGCGGAACCAGCCGGGACUCACUGGUAUCACGGUCACGUCAUGUCGCAGCGAGAGGACGGCCUUUUCGGGGCUUUUAUCGUCCACAAAAACAGCCGGGUGUCCAUCGACGCGCACAGCAUGACGGUCGUGGCAAACGACGGACAUGACGUCAUGCCGGUUCCGGUUCAGUCCAUCAUCAUUUAUCCCGGGGAGUCGUACGACUUUGAGGUACUCGGCAACCAACCCGACGAUGUUUACUGGAUUCGCGCCGAAACUCUGUGGUCGGGGAAAGGUCCUGACUUCCUUGAGAAAAAUCGCACACAAGAGGUUAGGGCUAUCUUGGCUUACGAAGGUGCUUCUUCCGACGAAGACCCGACAACGACGAAAUCGACAUGUUCCGAGGAAGACCCUUGCAGAGUGCUCAACUGUCCCUUCCCAGCAUUCCCUGCGGGGAGUCACACGGUGUGCAUACACAUGUCGGAAGUCAACAGCACAACAGAAUAUUCGCCGCCAGACGAUUCAGACCUCGUCGAGUAUUUCUUCACAUUUGGAUACAUCGUCGGUUCGUCGAUCAACGCCCGAAAGUUUGUGGAGCCGAAUGUGCCGCUAGUUUUCGGCGAGCCAUUUGACGCAGUCACCUGUGACCAAUCGUGUGAGACGAACGGAUGUCAGUGCACGCACAUGGUGGACAUCCCAGCCAAUAAAACUGCCCGAUUUGUGAUGGCUAAUUUAUAUGACGGCAACGCGGCGGCCGAGUCUCAUCAUUCCAUACAUCUUCACGGACACGACUUUAGGGUACUCGCUAUGGGGUUCCCGCUGUAUAACGAAACGACCGGUCAUCGAAUUUCUCCAAACACUGACAUUGACUGUGGGAACGACAAGUGCAGCAAUGCCAGGUGGAUGAACAGGCCGACCAUGAACUUCAACAGACCCCCCGUCAGGGACACAGUCGUGGUGCCUGCUAACGGAUACACCGUCAUUGAGUUCAGAAGUGACAACCCAGGGUACUGGUUUUUCCACUGUCAUCAGACUACCCAUUUGAAUGAAGGGAUGGCCAUGGUCAUCCACGAAGCACCGGGCAGCCACCCUCCCCUUCCACCGGACUUUCCAACGUGGAGAGACUGGGCACAGGAUUCUCAGCCAAAUCCUACCAGUGAGCCAACCGCCGGUACCUCAGUCCAGAUGAGUGUCCCAGUCUUCGCUGUCAUCCUGCUAGCAGCAGUUAUCGGGUCUGUCUUGAUUACCUUUGCCGUGACUUUGCUGUGGAGUUCGAGACGCCGUGAGAAGGAGGCUACAGACGGACAAGGUGGCAUCAAAGAAGAUACCGCGUUGUAGCCGAGUAAACUACAGGGCAAAUGAAUUAGUCCAUGCUAGGAUGCACUGUAGGUAAUAUGUAAAAGAGAAGGGCCCCAGGGUUUACCCAUAACCCAUCACACUGCACAUGCACACCUCGAAUGACG